ACCCGUUCCGCUCGAGGUAUGACGGCAGUGUUUCUUGGGCGUCGUUAAAAAGUAGCUGACUUGUUAGCAAAAGGAAAGUUAACGUGAAGAUACUUUAACAUUUUAGCCAGUUCUGCGUUUACACCAGCUGUCAUUGGGUAUGGGUGUGGCAAGCAGAGUGGUGCUGCAGCCGACCCCCCUUUAAGGUAUCACCACGGCGGGGGAGGUCAGACCCGCUGUCUGCAGGGUGGUCAUCUACCUACAGAGGGACAUGUCGGGGGAUGGCUGUCUGUCCGAUUCCCCUGCUGCCACUCGCCCCAAGACCAAGCCCUGCAGCUACCAUGGUGCCGUGGGCCUGAGCAACAAGUAUGUACGUCUGAACGUGGGCGGGAGCCUCUACUACAGCUCCCUGCAGGUGCUCACUCGGCAGGACACCAUGCUCAAGGCCAUGUUCAGUGGCAGGAUGGAGGUGUUCACCGACAAAGAGGGCUGGAUCUUGAUUGACCGCUGUGGGAAGCACUUUGGAACCAUCCUGAGCUUUCUGCGAGACGCGACCGUGACCCUGCCGAAGACGCGGCAGGGGGUCCGCGAGCUCAUGGCCGAAGCCAAGUACUACCUCAUCCAGGGACUGGUGGACCUCUGCCAGAGCACCCUGCAGGAGGAUAGGCUGCGAGCUCCCUGUGUGGUCCCGGUGAUUACCUCCUUGAAGGAGGAGCAGCAGGUUAUCCAGGCUUGCAGCAGGCCUGUGGUGAAACUGCUCUACAACAGAAGCAACAACAAGUAUUCCUACACCAGUAACUCGGAUGACAACCUGCUGAAGAACAUCGAGCUCUUCGACAAACUGUGCCUGAGGUACAGCAGACGGGUGCUUUUCAUCAAGGACGUCAUCGGAGAUGAGAUCUGCUGCUGGUCUUUCUAUGGGCAGGGCCGCAAGAUGGCCGAGGUCUGCUGCACAUCCAUCGUCUACGCCACAGAGAAGAAGCAGACCAAGGUGGAGUUCCCCGAUGCACGCAUCUACGAAGAAACUCUGAACGCGUUGCUGUACGAGACAAUGCCGGUGCCUGACAACUCACUGCUGGAGGCCACGCGGAGGCGUGCCCAGUGUGGCUCCCACAGCGAGGAGGAGGAGACAUGGGAGAUCCGUGAGUGUGUGCGUCGCUUCCACGUCAAGCGGUACAGCACCUAUGACGACCGCCCCCUGGGCCUCUAGAUGCCACUGGCCGUCCCGCUUGCUUCUUCACCUCUUGGCCCUCAGGCAGGUUCUCAGCCAGACUGGGUCCUCGGCAGUCAGGUGCGGAGGGGGUAACACAGAGCCACCUCUUCUUCCUUCAUUGGUAGCUUGUGUUGCCAGUGGGAAAAGGGCCUGACUGCCUGUGAGUAUUCUGAUGGGCCUCUACCAUCAUUCAUCUGUGGUCUUUGGACUCUCAUUUAUGCCAUUAUACACAAGUCACCUGCAUCCAGUGCUACACCACAAAGUGCCACAGAAGGAAAGUGAAAGUGCUUUAAUCAUUUCUUAAAUACUCUUUUAUGGUGUUCCAGAUUUGGCAGUUUUACAACAUCCAGUAUCUAUGCAUAGAUAUUUCUUCCCUCAUACUGGUAUAGCUUUUAAAACAUAACGUUUUAGCUACUCUGAACUAUCAUGUUCUGCUCAGUGAAAAUACAGUAAUGCUGUAAAGUUCUUUUAAAAUGUUUUAGCCGUUCUGUAACUAAUGAGGGCUCUUUAGCUUUGUGGGCUGUUGGUCUUUCUGGGAGACCACGAUACGUCUCACUCGACGCCACUCUGGACAACCCCCCGGAUUCCCCUGCUCAUAAUGAUUUGGCUUUAGUGGGUUAAUGCUGCCCUUACCCUGUUGCAUAUUUAAGCCUGUUUAAAGACACCCAGUAUUUUUAUUUUUUUUUUUACUUUUCAAACACCCACAGUGCCAGUUCUGAUUAGUGAGACUGAUAGUGACAGGUCAUAAAGCAUGUAAGGGAAAUCUGUUAUUUACACAAUCAGUAAAGCCAAUGACUGUUGUUUCUGCACUCUAAGACGUAUGACUUUAAAUGUGACAAAAAUGCAAAGAAGUGCCUCCAUAAUUUGAAAUGUUUUGUAUAUGGUUUCUGUAUGAAUUUUCAUUUUAAAAUAAAAGGGUUUCAGAUAA